CAUUUCUUAAAAACAAUUAAACUGCUCUUGCAGUUGCAGGCAUGGCAUGAGAUGGAGAUGAUCCUUCUACAUGCACAUUCAUCACCGUAUUAUAAAUUUAUAAUAGACGGUCGAAUUUCUCAAUCGCAGAUAUGGAGAAACUGAAAUCUCUGGUUCCAGACAGCCUAAAGCGGAUGGUGGCAGCGAGCACUCCUGAUGAUCUUCCGCGAACAUGUUCUUCUCUUCUUAACUGUUUUUCUCAUUUGGAGCCCUUUCAUCAGAUGGUUAAAGAUUUGACGGAUCGAGAAAGGGUUCUCUGUGGUAAGAAUAAAGAUGCUGCUAUGGAAUUGAAGCAAAAGGGUAAUCACUGCUUCUUCAUUGGAGAUUACACCACGGCUCUGACUUGCUAUUCCCAGGCACUACGACUCGCUCCAAUUGAUGCUGAUGACAAGGAAAAAAAUCUAGUUGCAACUUUGUAUCUCAAUCGGGCUUCUGUGCUGCAUAAAAUGAACCUUUUGGCAGAGUGCCUACGAGACUGCGAUCGAGCUCUUCAGAUUUCUACAAGCUAUGCCAAGGCAUGGUAUAGGAGAGGUAAAGUAAAUGCUUCUUUGGGAAACUAUGAAGAUGCAGCCCGUGACUUGAUUAUAGCUAAGACUUUUGAAUUAUCAUCGGGUGGAAGGAGACAAAUAGAAAGUGAACUCCAGAUAAUUUCAGACCAAUAUAAGAGGACAGAGGUUUCAAUGGUACCACAUAAUGAGAAUAAUUUGGAUAUUUUGGAUGAGCAGCACCAAAUAAAACUUAAGUGUGUAACCACAGCAAAUAAAGGAAGGGGUAUGGUUUCACCAAGUGACAUCCCUCCAGCUUCCUUGGUUCAUACUGAAGAACCUUAUGCCAUGAUAAUAUUGAAGCAUUGCCGGGAAACUCAUUGCCAUUACUGCUUGAAUGAACUGCCAGCAGAUAUAGUCUCCUGUACAUCAUGCUCAAUACCAUUGUACUGCUCGCAGCGCUGCCAAAUACAAGCCGGAGGACAAGUACUCAGGGAUUGUCUAGUGAACCAUGGCAUUCAUGAAAAUCUGUCUGAUAAUCUUAAAACAUAUAUUUCAGAGAUUGUGUUAUGCACAGAAUCUGAACCACAUGUUGACAUUCCUGAACAUAAGCAUGAAUGUCAAGGUGGAAACUGGCCUGCAAUAUUUCCAUCUGAGAUAGUUUUGGCUGGACGAGUGCUAAUAAAGUCAUUAACGCACAGAAGACUUAUGGAUAUUACUAAGUUCACAGAAACAUUGGAGCUUUCUCACAAGUAUACAGAAAUUCAUCCAGAAAGCAAAUUGGAGUUACAUAUAUACUCCAUCAUACUGUUAUGCUGUCUUCAACAUUCUUACGGCAUUGAACUUCCACUAAAUGGGGUUUCUACUGCACAGAUUGUCGUACUUAUAUCUCAAAUUAGGGUGAAUUCAAUGACAAUUGUUCGCAUGAAAUCAGCUGAUGUUAAUGGGUUACCAGAUCAGUUCAGAAAAUUUUCACCCACUGGAGGUGCUUUAACAAGUAACGUAGAGCAGGUCCGAGUAGGUCAGGCUAUUUAUAGAGCCGGCAGUUUGUUCAACCAUUCUUGCCAGCCAAAUCUCCAUGCUUAUUUCCUUUCGCGUACUCUAUUCAUACGGACAACAGAGUUUGUGGCGGUAGGGUGUCCCCUGGAACUGUCCUAUGGUCCACAGGUUGGUCAGUGGGACUGUAAAGAUCGCCUCAAGUUUCUAGAAGAUGAAUACUCAUUUAGAUGUCAGUGCAGUUCUUGUACAGAAGUGAAUCUCUCCGACCUUGUUCUGAAUGCUUUUCACUGUGUCCAUCCAAAUUGUCCUGGUAUAGUCUUGGAUAGCUGUGAAGUCAACUGUGAGAAGCAGAAAACUUUGCACUUCCAGAGUGCUACCGAGAUAAGCAGCUUCGAGUCUUAUAUGGAGGUCAAUAUGUUGAAGCAUGUUCAAAGCAAUGGCUCCCUUCAUAUUGAUCCUGGAUAUUGUUUGAAAUGCGGUUCUUAUUGUGAUCUGGAACCUUCAUUGGCAGCAGUUAAUAAAUCUUGGAUUUCCAUUAGAAGGUUGCAGGAUGCAAUAGUUUCUAGAGAAAUGUCAAGUACUACCCUGAUGGAUGCACUGAGAUCUCUUUGUCUACUGAGAUCAACUUUGCAUGCAUAUAACAAGGGCAUUGCGGAAGUGGAGGACAAUCUCGCUCAGGCAUUUUGUUUGGUUGGAGAAUUAAAACUGGCUGUGGACCAUUGUGAAGCAUCAAUUGAGAUUGUGGAAAAGCUCUAUGGCCCUAAUCACAUUGCCAUUGCAAAUGAACUAGUGAAGCUCUCAUCUAUUCAGCUAUCCAUGGGAGAUUGUGCUGCUGCUAAGAACAUAAAUCGAGUCCGUGAAAUUUUUUCUUGUUACUAUGGAUCUCAAGCAGAAAUGCUGUUCCCAUAUCUGCAAUCCCUUUGCAGAGAAACUCACAAAUUUGUUUAAUAAAGGUCUGAUCCUUUCAGUAUUAUUUAAGAGAAAAAUUCCAGAUGACAGUAUCAUGUGUAUAAUACACUUCAAACAGUAUUAACUA